AUGGAUGGGGUGAGCUCCCGUUGCUCGGUCCCUGCUCCUGCCAACCUAGCAGUUCGAAAGCACGUCAAAGUGCAAGUAGAUAAAUAGGUAUCGCUCUGGCGGGAAGGUAAACAGCGUUUCCGUGCGCUGCUCUGGUUCACCAGAAGCGGCUUAGUCCUGCUGGCCGCAUGACCCCGAAGCUGUACACCGGCUCCCUCGGCCAAUAAAGCGAGAUGAGCGCCGCAACCCCAGAGUCGUCCACAACUGGACCUAAUGGUCAGGGGUCCCUUUACCUUUACCUAAUUUUUUGGGUGGCCCCAAGAGAGUGGGGCCCUAAGCUAGAGCUUGUUUAGCUUAUAUGUAAAUCUGACACUGGCGACCCUCCCCCCUUGCCUGUUUCUUCAAAGGUGGGGCGUGGCCACAGGUGGGAGGGUACUGUGUGGGUGUGGUCUAAAGAAGGGGCGGAGCUACAAGCCCAGGACCCACAUCUUAAGAGAAGCUGCCUCACUCCGUCUCUCUUGCAGACCCUCUUGGAUGCCAACCUGACAGCGCUCCACGGCGAGAUGUUCACCCUCCAGGCUGAAGGGGUGGAGAUGGAUGGUCGUAACAGCGCCCUGCUGGGUAAGAACAAUAAUAAUUGCAAUAAGGAUGAUUUAUUACUUGUACCCGCCCAUCCAAGUUGCAGAUGUUACAAGGGGAGAGCCAAUGAAAAGUCAUCUGUAAUGAUUUCUUUAUAGGUCUUGUAAGGUCAAAGCUUACUGGGAAACGAUGUAUAAUGAAUUGAAAAAGAUGUUAAUAAUAAUAAUAAUAAUAAUAAUUUAUUAUUUAUACCCUGCCCCUCUGGCUGGGUUUCCGGUCCUACAAACCUGCCUGGGCUCCGAGGUAUUCGUGGGCCUCCCUUCCUUCAACCCUGCCCCCCUCAAAGGCACCCUCAGUGGCGACCCACGGCAGGGCCUUCUCAGUGUUGGCUUCCUCCCAGAUUCUGCCACAUUAGUUGGUUUAGAACGUUAUAAAGGCGUCAUAUGAAUGUGACACCAGAGGGCGACGUAGAGCCAAAAUUGGAAGUCGAUGGUAAUUUCCAUUGUGAGCUUUUAUAACAGUUUUUUUUCCAUAGCGAUUUUUUAUAGCUGUGUAGAUCCAGCCUGGAACUUUCUCCCCGGAGAAGCUAAUAAGCUAAUAAUAAUAAUAUUUUCCCCUACCUUGUUUGGGGUUUGGAGGAAGCAUGGAAAGCUUUUUCUGCAUUGUGCCAUUCUCAAGCCCGUCUCUCGGCUCUUUCCCCCUCGCAGCGGAGAUGUCCCGGUGGCGGCAGCAGGUGGCCGGCUUGGAAGAGCGGCUGGAGGCAGCGGCGGGAGAAAAGGCCGCGGCCGAGGCGGAGAGGGAGCACUGCGAGGCGCGGCAGGCGGCGCUGCAGGAAAGCGUGUGAGUCGAGUCUCCGUGGCGCUUUCGACCGUUGCAGAGCAACAAAUCACAGAAUCUAACACAGAGGUCAGCAACCUAAGGCCCAUGGGCCGGAAGCAGCUCAUGGGGGUCGCUUAACCAGCCCAUGAGCUGCUCCCGAACCUAGCUGCCCGCUCAGCGGGUCCCCGCGUGUUGCGCUAAACCGGAGCAGAGCGGGGACUCUCUUCCGCGGCUUCGGAAAUCGCUUCUGCGCAUGGCCAAACGCUGAAAAUCUGCGCAUGCCCAGACGCCCAGAACCGUGUCUGCGCAGAAGCGAUUUCCUGCGUUGCACUGCCCCUGAUCUAGCAGAGCAGUCCUAGCUAAAAGCUGGUCAAACGAAGAAGGAAGUCAAAAAGAGGGAGGUUGCUGCAUGACUCAUCCUUUUAUUACCUGGACAGGUGAGGCCACGCCCACCUUCGUUCACAUGCAAAAGGAAGGAUGCUCCAGCCAGGAGGAACAGGAAGUUUUGACUGGCUAGACCAAACAUCCCCUUGCAUGUCUUCUCUAGGAAAACAAGGAAUGUUGUACUUGACUGCCUCUCAUGGAUCACGUCCCAUACAGUAGCUCCUCAAAUCUUUCUAAAUAUCUAUAUCUUGUGGGAAUGUUCAUGGUGACAGGAGAGGAUAUAUUGUUUAUUCAUAUCCUUCCUAAACUUGCGCUAGCAAGUUCCUUUACUUAGCAGAGUUGCAUUCUCCCUUCUUAAAAUCACAGCAGAGAGCUGGUUGCAGGCUCGUGUGAGCCUCUCACUAUUAUACAAUUCAGUCUGUCUUCAGAUUCAAUUGUAUGUUCCUGGUAAGUUCCCUUGAAUCCCUCUUAAAAGAAUAAAGAUGCCACAAUCUUAUUCAAAGUCAAUAAAAGAAGUUUACUCACAUCAGUUCACAGUUGGAUCCCUGAAGGCAGACUUAGUUACAAAUAUGUACCUGUGGAUCUGCCCCAUAUGGGGGGAUAAUCCCAGUGAUUCUGCUAGCAGAGCAGUCCUAGCUAAAAGGUGGUCCAACGAAAAAGGAAGCCAAAAAGAGAGAGGUGUGCUGCGUGACUUGUCCUUUUGUUACCUGGACAGGUGAGGUCACACCCAUCUUCAAUCACAUGCAAAAGGAAGGAUGCUCCAGCCAGAAGGAACAGGAAGUUUCGACCGGCUGGACCAAACAUUCCAUCGCAUGUCUUCUCUAGCAUUUUCCAAGGAAUCUUUCCUCCUUUUCGGAACCUUAAAACCCUGUUUGCACAAAUCCGAAAAUACAUGCACCGAGGUCAGAAGACAAAAGCGAGCGGACCUGAAAACAAAAACCAAACCUCAAGUGAACAUAAAAUCAGCAGUUCGAGAUUUUUAAAAGGGAAACUGCCUGUUAAAAUCUUAUUUUUCAUGCAAAAGGAAGGAUGCUCCAGCCAGGAGGAACAGGAAGUUUCGACUGGCUGGACCAAACAUUCCCUCGCAUGUCUUCUCUAGCAUCGCAAGGAAUGUUUUUACUUGACUGCCUCUCACGGAUCACAUCCCACAUAUACAGGUGAAACUCGAAAAAUUAGAAUAUUGUGGGAAAGUUCCUUGAUUUCAGGAAUUCAGCUUGAAAGUUGAAACUAAUACAUGAGACAGACUCGUGACAUGCAAAGCGAGAUACGUCAAGCCUUGAUUUGUGAUCAUUUCCAUGAUCAUGGCAUACAGCUGGUGAAAACCCCAAAUUAACCAUCUCAGGAAAUUAGAAUGUUCAAGGAAAUCAGCAAAACAAGGAUUGCAAAUUGAGCAAGAUUGGACCUCUGAGAAGUAGAGGCACAUCGCGCUUUGCAUGUCACGAGUCAAUCUCAUUUAUUAGUUUUACCAUUCAAGUUGAAUUCCUGAAAUCAAUGAACUUUUCCACGAUAUUCUAAUUUUUCGAGUUUCACCUGUACAGUAUUUGAUGUAUAGGUAAUCUGUCGGUGGGGUCUCAUCAGUCCGCCUCCCUCUUCCUGACGUCUCUUUUUCGCCUUUUAUCUCCCCAGGCACGGCUACCUGUCCGAAAUCGCCUCCCUCCACCGUCGCCUUCAAGGGCGCCCGUCCUCCUCCGGUCGCAGGUGCCCCCCGUUCCGGUACUUAUUGUGGGGGCUGGCGAUCUUUUUCAUUCUUGACCCUCUCGUAAGUUUUCAGAGCCGAGAGGGUUCCCCUGGGGCGAUCCCUUGCGCCAAAGGGUGGUGAUCACCCUACCGCGAGAGAAAGAUUUGGCAUCCGUCACUCUGGCUUGACUUAACCCAGCGCAGUCAAAAGUAUUCUGCCCCCCAUUGUGAAUCAGGUUUAUUUAUCGAAAUUUGCAGGGUUUGAGCUGUAUGCAAGGAGCAAAUUGAAAAACGGAAGCCGUAGCUCAACUCAAGGGAUGCUUCAAGGUAAAGGUAAAGGUAAAGGACCCCUGACCGUUAAGUCCAGUCGUGGACGACUCUGGGGUUGCGGCGCUCAUCUCACUUUACUGGCCGAGGAAGCCGGCGUACAGCUUCCGGGUCAUGUGGCCAGCAGGACUAAGCCGCUUCUGGCAACCAGAGCAGCGCACGGAAACGCCGUUUACCUUCCCGCCGGAGCGGUACCUAUUUAUCUACUUGCACUUUGAUGUGCUUUCAAACUGCUAGGUGGGCAGGAGCAGGGACCGAGCAACGGGAGCUCACCCCGUCACGGGGAUUCAAACCACCGACCUUCUGAUCGGCAAGUCCUAGGCUCUGUGGUUUAACCCACAGCGCCACCCAACCCACAGCGCCACGGAAGCUGUAGCUCAACGCAAGGGAUGCUUCAAGAGCUUCCCCCAAAUUCAACUGGAAAAGCAACUUCGCUUCAUGCAAACAGCUCAGAGUCUGAACAUUUUGAUAAUCAACCUGAUUUCCAAUGGAGGUUGAAUAAUUCCGAUUGCGACUGCAGAACAUCAUGGAUGGUGGAUGGGAAGUCAAUGGAAUGUCUAUGGGGAAACGUGUGAAAUUUAACAAUUAAAUAGAUAAAUGUUUUUUUAAGGGAACCUACAUAUUCCAUGUUGCUAGUUGCUGCUGGUUAAUAUAAAAUUGAAUUGCUUCUUCUGUGUUUUUGUUUUAACUCGCUUUCAUUCGUUUUGUUGUUGUUGUUUCAGGAAAGGCUGA